CUUUUUCUUUUUUUUUUUUUGUAAUAACAAUGUCUUAUAUUCAACGGUUCAAAACAGUAUCAACAACUUGUCGUCAAAUCGAAUGGAAACAACGAUGUUUCUCCACUUGUACUUUACAAAAACAACAACAAUAUGGUGAAGGAUUUGCACCACCUCAAGGUAGCCGUGACACUAUCAAACCAGUACAUCGACGACGACGUAUUGCUACAUCGAUCCCUUCUCACCUUGGCAAUCCUUCCAAAGCUACUUCUGAUACCACCAAGUUGAGUCCUAAGAAACAAUACCGGGAAGAAUUACGAUCAACUCGUCAUCAAUACGCACGGGAAUUAUUACAAUUACAAGGACAACGAGAUGCUGCUGCUGCCACAAAGCGUAUGGAAAACGAAGAUCGACUUCAAUCUUUGAAACAUCAAUUGGAACAGGAAAAAUUGGAACAUUUACAACAUGAAAAGGAAGUCGUGGCCAUGUUAACUAACACGAAUAAUGUCAUUGCUAGUGAUCAAGAACUCAAACAAGAAAACGUACGUCAACAAAACCGUCUCGAUCACGAACAACGUAUUCGAUCCACUCGUUUACGCCAUUUGAUCAAAAUGUACCAUGCCACCGAAAACUUUGUCACCUUGGAAAACUUGGAUAGUCGUAUUGAUAUGUUGCUGGCUCACAAGGAUCAUCCUCCCAUGUAUACCUUGGCUGAAUUGAUGGUGACCCCUGCUGCCGAAGCUGAUGAAAUCAAGAACAGAAAAGAAUUAUUAAAUGAAGCUAUGGGUUUAUAGAUUAGAUAUCCUAUUUUUUGUUAUUUUUUAUUAUUUAGUUAAUUUGUUUAGAUAUAUUAUUUCAUAAAAAAAAAUAAAAACUUUGUAUAUUUAAAUAUCUAUCAUCAUCUAUUAUUCUCAGUACAUAGUAUCCAUGAAAUAAAUCAC